CUGGAGCAGCGCUGGGGCUUCGGCCUGGAGGAGUUGUACGGCCUGGCACUGCGCUUCUUCAAAGAAAAAGAUGGCAAAGCAUUUCAUUCAACUUAUGAAGAAAAAUUGAAGCUUGUGGCACUGCAUAAGCAGGUUCUUAUGGGCCCAUAUAAUCCAGACACUUGUCCUGAGGUUGGAUUCUUUGAUGUGCUGGGGAAUGACAGGAGGAGAGAAUGGGCAGCCCUGGGAAACAUGUCUAAAGAGGAUGCCAUGGUGGAGUUUGUCAAGCUCUUAAAUAGGUGUUGCCAUCUCUUUUCAACGUACGUUGCGUCCCACAAAAUAGAGAAGGAAGAGCAAGAAAAAAAAAGGAAGGAGGAAGAGGAGCGAAGGCGGCGUGAAGAGGAAGAAAGAGAACGUCUACAACAGGAGGAAGAGAAACGUAGGAGAGAAGAAGAGGAAAGGCUUCGACGGGAGGAAGAAGAAAGGAGACGGAUAGAAGAAGAGAGGCUUCGGUUGGAGCAGCAAAAGCAGCAGAUAAUGGCAGCUUUAAACUCCCAGACUGCCGUGCAGUUCCAGCAGUAUGCAGCCCAACAGUAUCCAGGGAACUACGAACAGCAGCAAAUUCUCAUCCGCCAGUUGCAGGAGCAACACUAUCAGCAGUAUAUGCAGCAGUUGUAUCAAGUCCAACUUGCACAGCAACAGUUAGAAUCUCUUCCAGUAAUAGCAGCUCCAUCCAUGUGGACACGACCUCAGAUCAAAGACUUCAAAGAGAAGAUUCAGCAGGAUGCAGAUUCUGUGAUUACGGUGGGCCGAGGAGAAGUGGUCACUGUUCGAGUACCCACCCAUGAAGAAGGAUCAUAUCUCUUUUGGGAAUUUGCUACAGACAAUUAUGACAUUGGGUUUGGGGUGUAUUUUGAAUGGACAGACUCUCCAAACACUGCUGUCAGCGUGCAUGUCAGUGAGUCCAGCGAUGACGACGAGGAGGAAGAAGAAAACAUCAGUAGUGAAGAGAAAGCCAAAAAGAAUGCCAACAAGCCUCUGCUGGAUGAGAUUGUGCCUGUGUACCGACGGGACUGUCAUGAGGAGGUGUAUGCUGGCAGCCACCAAUAUCCAGGGAGAGGAGUCUAUCUCCUCAAGUUUGACAACUCCUACUCUUUGUGGAGGUCAAAAUCAGUCUACUACAGAGUCUAUUAUACUAGAUAAAAAUGUUGUUACAAAGUCUGGAGUCUAGGGUUGGCAGAAGAUGGCAUUUAAUUUGGAAGUUUCUUUUUACUUUUGUGGAGCAUUAGAGUCAGGGUUUACCUUAUUGAUAUUGGUCUGAUGGUUUGUGAACUCUUGCUGAGAAUCAAAAUUUCCUUGAGACUCUUUAGCAUUCAUACUUUGGGGUUAAAGGAGAUUCCUCAGACUCAUCCAGCCCUUGGGUGCUGACCAUCAGAGUCACUAGUGGAUGCUGAAGUUACAUGAGCUACAUGUUAAAUAUUUAAAGUCUCCAAAAUAAAACACCCCAACGUUGACCUUCCCCAGCUGAUGGUUAGCCCCUUGCUGCCUGCUCCAUGUGUCUUAUGAGAGCCCAUAGUUACAGUGACCUCUAAUUUGAAAUCCUUAAGUUAAUAAGUCUGUAUCAGGUGCAGCUGGCUUUGAUUAAAGGUCAUUUUUAAAACUUAAAAACUCAAGACCUCACAGAUUAUAAUAGAAAAAGAAAUGGUCUCAGUUUGAUCUUGUUUGGAAUGACCCAGAUUGUUUCUGCUUUAGGUGCAGCUGUUUAGUUCAGAGUUAUAUUACAGAGAAUUAUUUUCUGAGAUAAUCUUAAACUAGAAUGUUCAAAACUAAUUGAUAAUUGAAGUAUCAAGAUACAUAGAACACCUCAGAGAUUUUUCUUCAGGAACUUCCACAAACUUUGAAUCUUUGUAUCUUUAUUUGGUAUUCAUACUACUAGUAGCAAAAUACAAGUUUUUUGUUUUGUUUUGAUUUGGCUUCAUAGAGUAUCUCAAAUUGAAAGAAACUUUUCUGCACAAAGAAUACAGUUAGGGAUUUUGUAAACUCAAAUUGGCACCUACUGAAUUAAAAUACAUAAAAUCAUUUAAAUAUAAUUCAGCAUAUGGGAGGUAACAUUGCACUAAUAUGGAAAUCACUGCCAGAGACAGUCUAUUUUCUUUUAAUUUGUUACUACUUAGUCACAAAUCCUAUGUUAUUCCAGUUUGGAAUUACUUAUUAAGGAGAAUUAGAAAUACAUAUGCCCAUGCUUAAAUUUUAUAGCUUUAAUUUGUAUUAUUUCUUUAUUGGCGGGAAGAGGUACAUCUUUGUUUUCCUUACUGAAAACAAAUAUGGAUUAAUUGCCUCAAAUUUGUAUAAGUGAUUGGCUAGUGAUUCUUGUUUUCAGAAGGGAGAGUGGUGUAGAUAGAAAAUGACAAAGAUGGCAAUAUACACAAUGUUGUUACAUGUUGUUACUGAAAUACUUAGAUUUUUAAAAUUUCAAAUCCUAAAUCACUUCUUGUAGGAGGGUUUUCAUUAACUAGCUGCAAUAUAUACAGUUCACUACAUAUGGGUUGUUUGAGUUUUUUGUGUGCUGUAUUUCUUUCUGUUUUUUAAUACCUGGUUCUGUACAUAUCUAACUCUGUUGUCUUUUGGUUGUUCAGAAACUGGAUUAUUUUUUUCUUAGGCAGUGCUUAAUUUGUGUUUUUUAAUUUUGAUUCAGAAGUAGUCCCAGCUCAUAGGUGUUCAUACUGUUACAUCCAGAACAUUUGUCAGGCUGUCAGCUCUCAUGUACGUAUGGUAUAGAAACCAUGGAGUUAGGCACUUCCUGGAUUUUUUUUUAUGAGAAAAUACUGUAUUUAAAAUGUAAAAUAAACUUUUAAAAAGCAGGCACUAAUAUAUAUUUCUUCCAGCCUUUGAUUACAAAUUUGUCCUUGCACAUGUUAAGAUGAACUAUCUCCUAAAAAUAUGAUUGUUCUUGGGAGCAGUGUAUGUUACUUUACAUAGCAGCGGUUCCUGUCAUGUGUUCAUGUCAGAAUAUUUUUGGUUUUAAACUUUUUUAUUGCCUUUGGCUGUCGAUUAGUACAGUACAAGUGCGAUUUCAGAAAGAUCUUGAAAGUAAUAUAUUUAAUCAAUUAAAAUGUUUAUCUGUAA